UGGCGCAACGUAGCUGAUUGGCUCGUUAGAGCAGUGGAUGCUCACCGGCUCUAGGCCCAGAGAAGUCUCUCUAGUCUGGCGGCUUCAUUUGCCUGGUUGCUUGCGUUGAGGCGGCUGUGAUGGGUUCUCGGGCGUCCACGUUGCUUCGGGACGAGGAGAUUGAAGAGAUCAAGAAAGAGACGGGCUUUUCUCACAGCCAGAUUACACGUCUGUACAGCCGGUUUACUAGCCUGGACAAAGGAGAGAAUGGCACUCUUAGCCGUGAGGAUUUUCAGCGCAUUCCAGAGCUUGCCAUCAACCCCCUAGGGGAUCGGAUUAUCAAUGCCUUCUUUCCAGAAGGAGAAGACCAGGUAAACUUCCGUGGAUUCAUGAGAACUCUGGCCCAUUUCCGCCCCAUUGAAGAUAAUGAGAAAAGCAAAGACCAGAAUGGUCCAGAACCACUCAACAGCCGGAGCAACAAGUUGCACUUUGCUUUUCGGUUAUACGAUCUGGAUAAAGAUGACAAGAUUUCCCGGGAAGAGCUUCUUCAGGUGUUGCGGAUGAUGGUUGGUGUAAACAUCUCUGAUGAACAGCUGGGCAGCAUUGCUGACAGAACUAUCCAGGAGGCUGAUCAAGAUGGUGAUAGUGCUAUCUCUUUUACAGAGUUUGUUAAGGUUUUGGAGAAGGUGGAUGUAGAGCAAAAGAUGAGCAUUCGAUUUCUUCACUGAUGGAUGAAGUCCCUUCCUUGUUAUCCUGAUAAUUAAGGAAUAGAGUUUAUUUUACCCUCCUUCUAAGCAUUGCUACUGGUACAUGUGAGGUACAUCUCCGAAUCCUUCUCAGUUUGUUCCAUCAAUGUGAACAUUCCUUCUGCAUCAGAACAAAAGGACAUGGCUGCAAUGCAGCCUGGAAUGGAUCAGUUAAAUGGCCUCUUUUCCACAACUCUUUGCAUUGCUUUUUUGAUUAGAAAUGUGUUCUUCCCAUGUACUGUAGCCUUCUAUCAUCUUAUGAACUCUGAAUUGGAAAUACAAGAGGGCAAAUUUCAAUGAAGAGCUAUUUGAAGUAAUGUACAAUAUAAAUCUGUUUGACUCUGUAGUAGUAUAUUCUGUUGUUUUUCAUGCCUUUUAAAUUUUGUUUUCAGGAUAAAGACUUGGAGGACUAUACCCAUUCACAUAAAAUAAGAAGUAGGACAUCUACCAGAUCUAUAUUCUACAAUUCUGAGAAUGCAGUAACAUGACACUUGCAUUCUACGGUUUCAUAGUCUGUUUUCCCAUCUAGUAAUAGAAGUUAAAUACUUUCUCAGUAAUCACCCAUUUUUGAUUAUGUUUUUUCAGUGCUUUCAACAUAUUUGUUUAUUGCACAGUUGUGAUGAAAGUCCUGUUUUCAUAUUAAUGAUGCCACACUAGCCCAUUUAGAUUUUUGAGCUCUGACCGGUAUUCUAACAGCCCAUGCUGGAGGAUUGGAAUGAGGUUACAUGCCCUGUUUAUGAGAUGGGAACACUAAUAUUUUUAGGAAAAUGCUGAACACAUAACUAAGGUAAUUUUAUGUUUUACUUCAAUCAUACAUCAAUUAUUAAACAUCAUUACAGUAAAUUUUGCUACAACUUCAGAGCAGUAAAAGCUUAAAAUGAAAAGCAGUGAGUGUUUUGAACUUUCCAGACUGAGUUGCCUUUGUGAUUCAGCCGGCAAUACCAUUGUGUUGAUUAUCAAAACACAUUAACUUUUUAGUGAGGCAACUUGAAUUGGCAGUGUUGGCUUCCGGAAUGCACAGAAUACUUUUACUAAAUCAGUGUUCAAAUGCUCCCCCACUACUUCCACGUGUCAGCAUUUCUGUAAGUAUUGAGUGCAUUUUUAUCUGGUUUACUUCUUUCCUGUACAAUUCAGUGAUCUUUCAGAGUUGCACAUAAUUUUUUCACUUUAAAAACUCGCAGCAGAAAAUCUUUUCCAGACCAAAAUGUAAAGUUGUAAAUGCCUGGGAGCAAAAUUAAAGAUAGAUCUCUGUAAAAUAAACACUUUAGGAUUUUGAUCAUGGUGUAACAGAAAUUUUAUAAAAAGAAGGAAUGUAACACUCACAACAUUGUUAGAUGUCAUAGGUAUAAAUAGCUUAUUUUCAAAGAAGCACAUUUUCCAUUUGGUUCUAUAGCUGUAAUCCACAGUUGUGCCUUGUCACGUCUAUUGUAUUCAUCAAAAAUCCAUGAAUAAAAUCCUUCAACAUAA